UCGGUGGAUGUAUCCUUUUGAGAGGUAACAUUAAUUAUCAGAAUUUAUCAACUUUCUUUUUCCAUUUUUUUUUAAAAUUUAUAUCCAUAUCUGAUUUUAAUGUGUAUAGGAUGAUGAGAACAUACAAAAAGUAUGUGACGAAUCAAACUUAUCCAGAGGGUUGUAUUGCUGAACGCUACAUACUGGAAGAGUCCAUGAUGUACUGCAUGGACUACAUGCCUGAUAAGAUGUUAGGAAGCCAUAAGAGAGUGAAAAAGAUAUUCUAUGAUGAGGGUGAUGAUAAUGCCGAUAAUUUCCAAAUCGAUAAAAAAGGAAAAAGUUAUCUUCUUACUAAUGUGCAAUAUCAACAAGCACGCAGAUGGGUAUUACAACAUCACGCUGAAAAUGCUCAAUGGCUGGGGAAGUACAAUGAAUACAUUCAUGGCCAAACACGUAAGGGACAAAACAGGAGGGGCAAUCCGUCGGUACAAAAAGAAGUAGACUACAAUGCUUGGUUAAGGGAACAAUUAGAGAAUGAAGAAAUGUCACAAUUUAAGAGAAUCGCUACUGGUCCUAGCUACGAUGCCACAUCAUACAGUACAUACUCAGUAAAUGGAUAUGUUUUUUGCACAUCAGACUCUGAAAAAAACUUGACAACACAAAACAGCGGAGUCUCUAUGAAAGCCUUAACUAUGUUCAGGGCGAGUGCCAGGGAUAAGAACUUGGUAGAACAGGAAGCCACCUAUUAUGGAAGGUUUAGAAGGAAUAUCAAGGAAGAGGAUGAGCCAUUUAUACAUGCAUCUCAGGCGGCUCAAGUCUUCUAUUGCAAGGAUCCGACAAGAGAUGACUGGCAUGUUGUAUUAGAUGUUCCGAAGCGACUAACAAAAGAUGCAUAUGCAUUUGAGGAUCCGCUAGUGUUUGAGGCCGGGUUGACUGCAGGUUCCUCGAGCCCUUCCUUAAUAGAUGAUCUGUAUGACCCAACUAGUGAAGAUAUACAAGAAGGGUCAUAUGUAGAAAUUGUAUCAAGUAACCCACGUAUUCAGAAGCGAAAAAGAAACUGA